AUGAGCUUCCUGAGCCGGCAACAGCCGCCGCCGCCCCGCCGCGCCGCGGCCUCCUGCACCUUGCGGCAGAAGCUGAUUUUCUCGCCCUGCAGCGACUGUGAGGAGGAGGAGGAAGAAGAGGAGGAAGAAGGCAGCGGCCACAGCACCGGGGAGGACUCGGCCUUUCAGGAGCCUGACUCGCCGCUGCCGCCCGCGAGGAGCCCCACAGAGCCCGGGCCCGAGCGCCGUCGCUCUCCGGGCACAAUCUCCGGCAGCCCGGGGGAGCUGGAGGAGGACAUAAUGCUGCGAGGCGCCUGCCCCGGCGCGGACGCGGCGGGCGGCGGGGCCGAGGGCGACUCGUGGGAGGAGGAGGGCUUCGGCUCCUCGUCGCCGGUCAAGUCGCCGGCGGCUCCCUAUUUUCUGGGCAGCUCGUUCUCGCCAGUGCGCUGCGGCGGCCCGGGGGAUGCGUCGCCGCGGGGCUGCGGGGCGCGCGGGGCCGGAGAGGGCGCUUGCUCGCCGCUGCCGGACUACCCGGGCACCCCGCCCCACAAGACCUUCCGCAAGCUGCGGCUCUUCGACACGCCGCACACCCCCAAGAGUUUGCUCUCCAAAGCUCGAGGAAUCGAUUCCAGUUCUGUUAAACUCCGAGGUGGCUCUCUAUUCAUGGAUACAGAAAAAUCAGGAAAAAGGGAAUUUGACGUUCGACAGACUCCUCAAGUGAAUAUUAAUCCUUUUACUCCAGAUUCUCUGUUACUGCAUUCCUCAGGACAGUGUCGUAGAAGAAAGAGAGCAUAUUGGAAUGAUUCCUGUGGUGAAGACAUGGAAGCCAGUGAUUAUGAGUUUGAAGAUGAAACAAGACCUGCUAAAAGAAUUACAAUUACUGAAAGCAAUAUGAAGUCUCGGUAUACAACAGAAUUUCAUGAGCUAGAGAAGAUUGGUUCUGGAGAAUUUGGUUCUGUGUUUAAAUGUGUGAAGAGGCUGGAUGGAUGCGUUUAUGCCAUAAAGCGAUCAAAAAAGCCAUUGGCUGGCUCCGUUGAUGAGCAGAAUGCUUUGAGAGAAGUAUAUGCUCAUGCAGUGCUUGGGCAACAUUCUCAUGUAGUUCGUUACUUCUCUGCAUGGGCAGAAGAUGAUCAUAUGCUUAUACAGAAUGAAUAUUGUAACGGUGGAAGUCUAGCCGAUGCCAUAAGUGAAAAUUACAGAAGUAUGAGUUACUUUACAGAAGCAGAGUUGAAGGAUCUCCUUUUACAAGUUGGCCGGGGCUUGAGGUAUAUUCAUUCAAUGUCUUUGGUUCACAUGGAUAUAAAGCCUAGUAAUAUUUUCAUAUCUCGAACUUCAAUCCCAAAUGCUGCCUCUGAAGAAGGAGAUGAAGAUGACUGGGCCUCCAACAAAGUUAUGUUUAAAAUAGGUGACCUUGGGCAUGUAACAAGGAUCUCUAGUCCACAAGUUGAAGAGGGUGAUAGCCGUUUUCUUGCAAAUGAAGUUUUACAGGAGAACUAUACUCAUCUACCAAAAGCAGAUAUUUUUGCCCUUGCCCUCACGGUGGUAUGUGCUGCUGGUGCUGAGCCUCUUCCCAGAAAUGGAGACCAAUGGCAUGAAAUUAGACAGGGUAGAUUACCUCGGAUUCCACAAGUGCUUUCCCAAGAAUUUACAGAGUUGCUAAAGGUUAUGAUUCAUCCAGAUCCAGAGAGAAGACCUUCAGCAAUGGCACUGGUAAAGCAUUCAGUAUUGCUGUCUGCUUCGAGGAAGAGUGCAGAACAACUACGAAUAGAAUUGAAUGCUGAAAAGUUCAAAAAUUCACUUUUGCAGAAAGAACUCAAGAAAGCCCAGAUGGCAAAAGCUGCAGCCGAGGAAAGAGCACUCUUCACUGAUCGGAUGGCCACCAGGUCCACCACCCAGAGUAAUAGAACAUCUCGACUUAUUGGAAAGAAAAUGAACCGCUCUGUCAGCCUUACCAUAUACUGA